AUGGCCGCGCAAGCUAAGCACGACUGGGCCGACGACGACGACCUCGACGAGCUCACCACCGCCGACCUUCCCCCCCCCCAGAAAAUCCAAAACAAGGACGGCUCCACCACCAUCAUCGAGUACCGCUACAACGACCAGAACCAAAAAGUCAAGACGACCCGCCGCAUUCGCUACAUCACCCACCGCGAGGUCGUCAACCCGCGCGUUGCCGAGCGCAAGGCCUGGGUCAAGUUUGGGCAGUCGGCCAAGGACGGGGCCGGGCCGGCGCCCGACACGACGAGCGUGGGGGAGAAUAUCAUCUUCCGGCCGAGUAUUAAUUGGAGGAAGGAUGCGAAGGAUGAGAGCAAGGAUCCGAAUGCGCAGGCUAUGAAGGAUAAGUUGAAGGAUAAGAAGGUUAAGUGUCGUAUUUGCAACGGAGAGCAUUUCACGGCGAGAUGUCCUUACAAGGAUACGAUGGCCCCUAUCGGCGAGGCUGCUGGCGCUGAUGUGGCGGCUGGGAUGGGAGACGAUGCUGGGGCUGGGGGGGCCGGUCCUGGGGGUGCUGGGGCGCCCGGGGCGGGGAAGAAGGGAAGCUAUGUACCGCCUGCGUUGCGUGGUGCUGGGGGUGCUGCCGGGGCGGGAGCGGGCGAGAGAAUGGGUGGGAAGUAUGGCGAGAGGGACGACUUGGCCACGCUCAGAGUCACCAACGUCUCCGAGAUGGCGGAAGAGAACGAGCUGCGCGAUAUGUUCGAGCGCUUCGGUCGGGUUACUCGCGUCUUCUUGGCCAAAGAUCGCGACACUGGUCUGGCCAAGGGCUUUGCCUUCAUCAGUUUCGCGGACCGUGGUGACGCUGUUAAGGCUUGUGCCAAGAUGGACGGUUUCGGUUUCAGGCACUUGAUUCUCAGAGUCGAGUUUGCGAAGAAGGCUGCGUAA